CUUCUGCGCAUGUGCAGAAGGAAGCUGGGCAAUUUCUGGCUAAAAAAUGGCGGAUGAUAAGGAUUCUCUGCCAAAAUUGAAAGAUCUUGCUUUUUUGAAGGAUCAGUUGGAAAGUUUGAAACGAAAGGUUGAAAAUGAAGUACAGGCUGGAAUGGGGCAGGAUGGUUCUUGGUUGGCCUCUCCAUUUGUCAAAGGAUUUGUUGCUGGAUUUGUUGUAGCCAAACUAAGAUCUUCUGCAGUCAUAGGCUUUUUGGUGGGGAGUUGUACUGGAGUGUUUGCUGCUCAGACCUAUGCAAUUCCUGAUGUCGAAAAGGCAAUCAAAGACUAUUUCAAUUCAUCCAAGAAAAGAUCAAAUUAGAAAUGCAAUAAUAUUCAUGCAACAGUAUACCCCAGGGGAAAAAAUAAUCUUUCAGCUUCUCAUCUCUUUCAGUUCUACAUAGAUCAAAACAUUUACCUCCACUUUAGACAUUCUUAUUAACUGGAAAAGGGUUUUAUAAUGGACAAAUAAUAUUUCAGCAGGUCUGCUUUUUAAGGUUCACAGUUCUAGAAUUAAUCUGAUGCUGCUUGCUUCAACUGUCCUGGGGUUUAGAUCAGACGAGAGCCUGGUUUUGGACAGCAAGGCAGUCUCUCUCUAAUGGAGUGAAAAGCAACUGAUACGGCAUGCCUGCUAUAAACCUGCCCAUGCCAGGAAACACAGUGUGAGAUACCAGCUUUCCUCUAAUCAUGUAUAUAUAUUAUACUGACAUGUAUUUUAUUUCUUUCCUGAUUUGCUGAUUUGAGUUCUUAUUUGUGCAGCAUCUACUUGCCACAAAGAUAGUGUAGAUUUCUUCUUUAAAAAACAAAAGGUGCUUCUUCCCUUUUCUCUCAAUACAUCCUGAAAAUUAUCACUGAAUAUUAGUUGUCUUUUUGUUGUUGUAUUUUUGGUAUUCAUUAAGUGAGUAUUGCUGAUCCUGACUUAUUAUCUCUAGUUGCUUUAUACUACUUUUUUUUAAAUUUUAAUGGCUAGAUUCUUUGCCACCUCUAUUUUACUUUUAACUGCUUUAAAGAAACAAUUGGUAUUCUAAUUCUUCCUCCUGCACCAAAGACUGACUCAGCCUACACAACCUGCCCUUUCAGUAAUUAUACUUAGGAGCCUUGUAUGCAGAUGGAAGCCCUCAGUGCUCACUGUAUGACCUGCCUUUGACAGAUGGCUGCAUGUCACUCAGUUUAACCUUUCCUAACCUCACUUAAUCUUUCUAAAUUGCAUGCUUUGGGACAUUUCAGUUAUCUGUAGUGAAACUGCUGAAGGCACAAAAUCUUAAUCUCCAGAAAUUUCUUUUUUCACAUAUCUGUUUACUUGUUAAACUACCUUUUACUUAGGCAGUAGAAAACGCGCGCCCCCCAUUUCCCCCCUACCACAAUUCUAUGGGCUAUGUGAGAAUGACUGUCCCAAAGUCUUUUGAUGAGCUGCUUUAAUCAGUUUUCCACCAUUACACUUUAGUCUUUUUUGUUUUUCUGAAUGUGGUAAUUCAUCUAUCAAGAAGCCAGAUUCCUAGAAGGUGUCUCAUUUGAAUAUAUUUAUUAUAUAGUAAAUCUGUUCACUAAAUAAGUAUGUGUGUGUGUGCGUGCGCACAUGCGUAUGCACAUAAGAGGGCUGUCAUAACUGGGUUGCAACACACCCAGUAGAUGACAACAAAGAUUUGGUGACUUCUUGCACUGGUUUCUCUGUAGAUGCAUAGAGCUACUGUAUCUAAGCUGCAAAAUAUGGAUGAACCCUGAAUGGCAGCAAAUUUUGUGCAAGAUAUCAAGUCUUUUGAGAUAGUUCAAACCAUAUUGUGGGAGGAACAGGCCCAAAUAAACCAUCAGAUUUUAUGUAAUUCAGUUAUAUUUCGUACAAGACCCUCUGCCAGAAACAGGGUGCAUGAUCUGUGGUGGUCCAAAGAAGCAUAGGAAUGUAUGCCCUCUCUUUUCUAUAUACUUUGACACUUACCUGUUGAUUUGGAUCUACACCUUCACAAAGCUCUUGUACCUCAACAAGCACUGGAUUACAUUACAGUUUUCUGUUAUAAACUAUCUGUCCUAGGUAAAUGGACAUAUCAUGUAGUGUGGCCCAAAGGGCUGUUCAGUUUUGUGUGUGUGUGUGUGUACACUUUUGGCUGUAAAUAAAAAUUAUUGAUAUUAAUAUACAGCAUAGAAAAAUGACUAUGGAUGGAAUGGUUUAUCAUAAAGUAUAAUCCCUCUCUAAGGUAAAUAGUUUUACCUUAGAUUCUGUUCUGUUUCAAUCUUUAAUCUCGUUAAUCCGUGAUGAUGAAAGCAGAUUCUUGUAUAGAAGCCUUUUUUUUUUUUUUUUUUUGCCUGGAACACUCCUAUUGUCCGUCAGAUCUUCCAUUCCUAAAAACAUUAAGAGAUUGUUUGUUUUGUUUUAAUGUGUGGCCAUGAUUUUGAAGAAUAUUACGAUAGUAAGAAAGUGAGACCUUAGAAAGCAAUCUUUCAUUUUCUGGCUACCUAAUGGCCAGAUUUCUGAAAAUUCAGAAGAGAAAGAUUUAUGUUUCUUUUUAUAAGUAGCACUAGUAUAUUGUCUCCAAGAUGCCCAUCUCUAUCCCUACAGCUUUUUUUAUUAUUAUUAUCGUACUGGGAGUUGUGUUGGAAAAGGGUAGUCUCACCCAAGUGCCAAGUUUGAAUUUUGUUCUUUUCUAGAGAUUUGCUCUAAUACAAAUGUCUUAUAAACAUUAUGGUGAUUAACUGCCUUUUGCAAGCUGGUUUUGUGGUUCUGUAUUUUUUGCUUUUAUAAAGAAUGUAUUGCUACCACAUCCCAAGAAUAAAUAACAGCAUAAGCAACAAUAAAACACAGUUCUUUUCUGUUCCAAAAAGUUUGCCUAAUUUUUCUUUCCUGGAUUUGCUAAAUAUUUAGCAUGUUUAAGACCACAAGUUUAAGCCAAUAAUAUAUGUACUUGCUUUUCUAAAUGAUGCUCAGAAAUGUUUUUAUUGUUUUAUCAAUUCCUUAUUGUUACCUCAUAGAAUGUAGUCAUAUUUUAUAUUCUUUUUUGGCCAAGUAGUUUUGAACUUCCUCAUGUUAUUUUUUAUUAUUUUGAGUAUCUGAUGUGAUUGUGAUAUCAUUAGCAUUUGUACUGUCCUGUAGCCAAAUUAAUAACUGCAGACAAUCAAUAAUUACAAAUAAGGCUAUACAGUAUUUCCAUUUAUACUCUCCAGAUGCCAUCAAUGUAGAUUUCCAAAAUAAAGUGAUGUUUCUUUCUUUGAUAAA